AUAAACAUCAGCCUAAAGCAAAAAUAUGACGUGUAUCAUAGGAUAUCCCGAACCCUACGCGUACCAGGAGUCCCCGCCCCCCCCAUAGGCUUGGUAGCUGCUGCCUUUCAACUUUGUAAUAAUGAUGAAUUGGCGACCAUUGCCUUCCUCAAGCAGCAGUGGGGGGCGGUGGCGGCAAUGGAAGAAGCGUAUAAUAGGCGCCGCAGACAAAUGAAAAAGGCAAAAAAAAUAAGAUUUCCCAAGGCGGAUAAUCCUGCGACAUGAUCUACACAUGCUUCAUAUAUUUCUUUGGAAUAUUUUAAUGUGAAAAAUGUCUUAUAUAUAUAUAGUAAAAUGUAACUAAAUAAAAGAGCUAAUAAAGAGCGUCUUUCAGCUUUUUUUGAAA